UUCUCAAGUCCCAAGUGAAGUCCCAUUAUUUGUCUUUUCUCUACCCGUUUCCCACCCUCACUCACACUGCAUUCUUCUGUCAAAACCCUAGAUUUGAAAAAUCUAGGGUUUUGUUUUCGUAGCCUGUUACGCACAUGAUUCCGGAGCACAAUCCCCACUCUGCUAGUUUCACUUUUUUCUCUUUAAUCUAGGCCUCUUCCUUUUUCUACAUUUUCCCUCACUAACCUGUUCUGCAUUUACUUUUAAAAAUCUUUGAGCUUGAAUCUUUGGUGUUUCUGGGCUUUAGAUCUUCUUCUAGUAUUCUUCGAUUUAGGGUUAAAGAUCUAAUCUUUCCAUCAUUCUGGAAGCCAUUUGCUUUCUAACUUGUAGAAGGGAAUCUUUCUCAACCCCUGUUCUUGUGUUUCUAUUGGUUUCUUAGUUCAAGAUAGCACCAGUGAGAGGAUUUCGGGUUGAGGACACAAUAUAAAGAAUUAUUUUUCACAAUUGACGAACCUGUUGGUUAAUGCAUGGAUGGAAGAGAAGGUAUGGGUUUUUCUGGCGGCUCUGCUCCAUAUUACAUGCAGCAUAGAGGAGGGGUUAGUGGGUCUGGUCCUGGAACUGGAACACCCUCUGGGUUCCAACCACCUUCUGGGUUCAGAGCUUUGUCUAAUGUCUCAUCAAGUUCUACAUUCUCAUUAGAAGCUAAGCCUCCCUCUCAGUCUCAACCUCAGCCUCAGCGAGGAGGUUUCGGUCAUGGUAUCAACUUAAGUUCUUCACCUGGCAUCAACUUAAGUUCUUCACCUGGCAUUAACUUAGGUUCCUCACCUGAUGGUGGAGGUGGAAGUGGAGGUGGAGGUGUUGGUGGAAUGCCUUCUUCCGGUGACCCUGUGAAAAAGAAAAGAGGGAGGCCAAGAAAGUAUGGUCCUGAUAGUGGGACUGUUUCCCUGAGACUCUCUCCCUUGUCUGCCACUGCUAAUUCCACCCCGGGAUCAGGCACUCCCUCAGAGAAACGGCCCAGAGGGCGCCCACCUGGAAGUGGAAGGAAGCAACAGCUUGCUAAUUUAGGUGAAUGGAUGAACAGUUCUGCAGGACUGGCCUUUUCACCACAUGUUAUCACUGUUGGAGUUGGGGAGGAUAUUGUAGCAAAGUUAUUCUCAUUUUCACAGCAGAGGCCAAGGGCUUUGUGCAUCUUAACUGGAACUGGUACUGUUUCUUCUGUCACUCUGCGCCAGCCAGCUUCUACUACCAUCAGUGCUUCUUAUGAGGGCCGAUUUCAAAUAUUAUGUUUGUCUGGUUCUUACUUGGUUGCUGAAGAAGGUGGACCACGCAGUAGAACAGGUGGCAUGAGUGUUUCCCUUUCUAGUCCUGAUGGUCAUAUUAUUGGUGGUGGUGUUGCCAGCCUUAUAGCUGCAAGCCCAGUUCAGGUGGUAGUGUGCAGUUUUGUAUAUGCAGGCUCUAAGCCAAAGACUAAACAAGUGAUCACUGCUACAAAAGAUAACAAUGCUGAACCUCAGAGUAGUGACAAGUUAGCUUCUCCAGCCAGUGCUCCUCCUAAUCAAAACUACUCUUCUCCUGCCCCAGGCAUGUGGCCUGCUCAAUCAAGGCCAUUAGAGGUGAAAAGUGCACAUCCACACACUGGUAUUGACUUGACGCGUGGGUGAACAACAUUUAUUACUUUACAAGACAUUGCAGUUUUGUAUAGAAAUCUCUUUGUUGUAAAUGAACCGAAUUUGUGAGCAUUGUGACUCUUGCUAUCCCCGUUUAUGGGUGACAAGUUCUUGCUAACCUAUGCUGUAACCAAUGGAUUUCAGGGUCAAGUAAAACACUCUUGACUUAAGAAAAAAAGUGUUUGGUGAAGUUAAAAGCAAAAUAUCAGGAUCAA